AUGACCACACGACUCGUUCUGGUAUCACUAUGUCUUCCCUGGUUCUGUCUCGCCGAAACGACCUGGAGUCCGUCUCGUUGGUUUUGGAGACGCGCCACGCGAGAUGUGCCAUCCGAGGGCUUCCAUAAUCCCUUAGAUAAAGGUGGCAGUAUGCUUACGCAAAUACCCGUAACAUUUCCCGAAGGGCUUGGUGAACCACUGAAUGUCAUUAUCUCGGGGAACUCAGACGAACAGGUCCUCAAAGAGACCGAGACGGACGGUGGCCUCCUGAAUUUCUUUCUUUCCUUUGGAUUUUCUAGUGAAUGCUUAGGACAGCAUAUGGGCUCCAACCAAGCUGCUAACCUGGGUGACGGGCAUGGUUAUCUGAACGAAACCGCUGUCAUUCGAUGGAACUAUGGGGACCCAGCGUUAGGAGCAUGCAAAGAGUCAAUAGAAGGCGGAAACCACUUUCGUUAUUGGGUGCAGAAUGGGCCAGAGGGCAACAGCGGCUCCAUCUUCAUGGCCGUCUCCUACGAACUGCCAAUAUCUCUCGGACACGAUAUAGUCGCCAAUGGCUAUAAUUUCGGACGAGAUUGGCUGGUGGGGAACAUGACCAAUACAACUGUCCCAACCGCUGAACUCACAAACACUACGACGUACACCACCAACACUUUUUGGGGUGGCUACACAUAUUUGAGCGAAAUUAAAUAUGUCUCCGGACUAUUAUCGAAUAGUAGCGAUGGUAUCAACCACUAUAUCACUGUCGGCCUCAACGGCACCAACGCCAUCGACGGACUUGUCGCCGUUAUAACGACAAAGAUAACCGCACGACCAGCUUCGUCGUCCGCUAUAUGGACUGCUACACCGUUCUCAUUAUGGACUUGUAUAUUCAUCAUAUUUGUAUCUUCCGCUUCUGCGGUUAUUGCCUAUGUAUAG